AUGAUUCGGCUUUUGCCCGGCGUUGUCGAUUCUGUAGUUUGUUCGGCCAACCAGUCAAAGACCCAUAUCAUUUUGCCCGUCGGCAGGCAAGCAACUGUGCUGGACCCCAUCACUGGGCUUCCACCCGGAUGGCGUGAGCGCGAGAAGGCGAUCUUGACCGGCUCCAAAGCGGGAGAGAUGCAGCAAUUCUUCGAGAAUGAGUUCCUGGGGAAAAAAGCUGACAGCAUUAGGAAGCUCAUGAAGCUCGUGUGCGACGUGACUGGCGAAGAUGUGGAGAAACUGACGCAGCAGAGCAUGGCGAUCCGCAAUCCUGAAAGCGCGAAGAGCGCCAAAGCAAAAGCGCCCAAGGCCAAAGCCAAGGCGGAGGCUGCGCCAAAAGCCGCUGCCAAGGUGAAGGUCAAAGAAGAGCCUGCAAAGCAACCCAGAGAGUCCAAGCCGUCGAAGAAGCGACCGAAAGCCACCAAUGGCAAGCUGGAUCCAGACACAUACCUGCCGGCCGGAUGGGAGCAAGUGGAGAAGGCAUACAAAACCGGCGGCAGCGUCGGCAAGACAUAUAUCCGCUUCCAGAAAGUCAGCGGUGGCGGUUCAAUCUGCUGCACAAUCAACCAGGUUCUGCAAAAGCAUCUGGAAGACACCGGCGAAGAUCUUACGGCGCAGUACCAAGAAAUGAAAGACAAGAACGAGCGAGAGAAGGCCCAACGCCGAAAAGAAGAAUCGGAAAAGAACAAAGAGAUGAAGAAGCAAAAACGUGAAGAGUACAUCGAAAAUUUUCGUGCUGCGUACGGUGCCCUUACUGGAUCAGUCGUCAUGGCUUUGCCGGGCUGGAGCGGUGAGGCGAAGCAUCUUGAGGGCUGCGGACAACUCUGCUCUGCCUACUACGACCCAGACGGCAAAACCUGGAAGCUUCUCAAAGACAUCGAGGCACACUUCGGAAUGCUGAUGGAACAGGGCAAGCAGGAUACAUUUCCAGACUUCGAUGCGGCUCGCAAUUCCCAGGCCACCGACGAGAAUGGCAGAGUCAUCAACGCCGCCAGGCGGCAGAAUCAAGUAGAAGAGUGGACGCGGGAGCAAAAGCAGCCUGAAAAGGAGAAGCCCAGGAAGCGAAAGAAGCAGUUGAAGAUGGUGGACUAUGCCCACUAUAGAGAGACCAGCCAUCUCAAGCUCUUCGACGUUUCCAAGAUGACCGAGAAAGCGAUGGAGCAAGAAAGGCUGCCGGACGGGCCAACUCUCCAGAAAGAGGCUCAAAAGCUCCUGAAGCUGCUGAUCCAACGGGGAUUUCCCGAGACCACGCAGAUCCUCUAUAUGCGGGGCACCUUCAAGAAGGCUGCUGGAUCGAAGCUGAUUAAUGCUAUGGCGGGAUGGUAUUUCAGGAAGCCCUUUGAGGUGGCCGAUCGGUCCUGUUACCAGCACGUCAGACUUAUUGGGGGAAGGCCCGUGUGCAGCGAUGCUCAUGUGUUCUGGAGUGGUCACUACGGCCUCUGGAAGUUGGGAGCCUUGACAGACGACAAGGCCGGGCUGGCUAUCUGUCAAGGAAAACACAAAGACGUGCAGCAGCUGACGGAGCACUGGAAGCUUUACGUUGAGACACUCUGUGAAUACCACGUCCUCUCAUUGUUUCCUAGAUGCGAACCGCAUAUUAUGUUGCCUGGACCCGCAGGCCCGAUUGCAGACCAGUUUGUGGACAGUUUUCGGGAAGCAUCAGCAAACCUAUCAGGCACGGAGGGUGCUGAGCUCAGCUUCUCUUCUUGCGACAUGCAUGAAGAUCAUGAGCUCCCAGGGUACAAAUACCAUGCCUUCAUGAUGCUCCGUCCUGCUGUGCGCUUGAGAAAGGAGGCGGCCCUUCAUGCCUCCCCCUCAGUCGGCAAGGGCCCGCUGGGCGAAUGUGUGCCUUGCCAAGCAAGACAAGGGCGAGCUGCGUCGUCAUGCAAGACGUUCAAGCAGAACUUAAGUGGCAGACCAGGGUCCGCUGCACUAGUGGUGGCUUUGACGGUCGUAGCCCAUCAGGUAUGGAGCUCGGAGGCGGCGCGAGACCAGGCAGGGAAUGCUGUUAGGAGAGAAUUGGCUAGUGGUCAACCUUCCAGUGUCCAAUGCAAGGAAUCCUUCAAAUUUCUGGGCACAGCACGGGAGGAGGCCCAGCAGAUUCUCAGGCAGUUCGAUGAGUCCCAUGCGCCGUUGAAGGAAGAUGCAGACAAUGCACUCAGCCGGGAACAAGUGCAAGAACAGGAGCAAGAGCAUGAAGAAGAAGUGGAGGAGGACCACGAGCAAGAGGCGGAGCAGGAGGAGGAGGUCGACCGGCUCCUGGAAGCGCCAGCUCCGCAGAAGUACGCCAAGGAGUCAGAGGAGGCCACGCCUUGGCCACUGCAGGGCCUCGUCACGAAGUCAAGCGCUGCCCUCCCUUUCUACCCACUAGCGGACUUCGCGGUCAACAAAGGGAUCCUCAACGAGUCAAGCCCCGCCUUGGAGGGGCUGCCUGGCUUCGUCAUGGUCAGCGAGAACCACUAUCGCAGAAGUUGGCGAUUGACUUCGGUCCGCAGGCUUCGCAAUGUCGCUUGCUUCAUGGAGUGGGUACCUUCUGUUCGGAGACUGAAGCGGUUUUCUGUGUCCCCAUCGGCGCUGUCGCAAGAGCAACGCUUUCGCUUGCGCGAGGCCUUGGAGUUGUGCUGCGGCAGCCGAGAAGAUUGCUCCGCGGGUUUCGGCCAAGAGGAGGUCCGUGCGAUUUGCGAAGUGUUAGACCUCGUCGACGAGGGCGAAGCAUACAUCGCACAAAUGUCCACAGGUAGUCGGGUGACCCUUGGCGAGCUGGAGCAGGCUUUGGGCACCCAGGAGUUCUUCCGCAUGCAGCAGGGGCGCUUCUUCGUGGCCCUCGGAUUGGCUGAGGCAGAGCAUCUCCGCGGUGCUCUGCACCUCAUAGCGGGGCAGAGCUGGUGGCAAGACUGCUGCGUGGCAUUGAGGUGCAUCCAGUGCAAGGAGUCGGUGAACGAGUCGCUGCUGGAUUUUGUCGGUCCAGUUCGGGAGAGUUCGGAGCUGGGCUUUCAGCUGCAGGCAGCGGAACAGCUCUUGCGUUUCUUGGACAGUGCAGAGGACUUCCAGGCAAGGGAAGUCAGUGUCCUACUCCGAUCACUGCAGCUCACCCGGACGCAGGACCGCCUCCCUUGGUGGCUAGAUGUUCGCGCAUGCCGGCGCCGAGCUCACAGGCACUGGCAACGCCUGGCAGUAUCGAAAAUCUUCUUGCAGACUGACGAGUUCGAAGAUUGGGCUACCAAGGCCCUUCUUCUACGGCUUCGCUGGACGUUGGCAGCGCAGCGGCUUUGGCCCAGCGAUGCUUUUCGCUUCAUGGACGCCUCCAACAACGGCUGCCUCCAGAGACGUGAUCUGUCUGCAGGCCUUGAGAGCUUCGGGGUUCGAAGUGAGGGGCUCCAUGACGCUCGCUGGGCACAGCAAGUUGCAAAUUUGUUCCGCUGGAUUGCGCAAGAGGGGCGAGAGGUCCUCUUUCUGGAAGACUUCCGUGCUGCCCUGGAGCUACAUGACACGACUCCGGAGGGUCACCAAAGCUUCUCGGCUGCAGCUUCCCCCGCCUCGCGAGCCUCGCCAGCCUCGGUGCAAAAGUCCCUUGGGCCAGAGGCGAAGGAGACUGCAUCUACAAAGCCCCAGCGACAGGCGGAGGCUGCAACUCCUCCAGCCCCGACGUCCGAGCCAUCAAGGAAAAGUGCAGCGGAAGAAGAUCCAGCACGUCCUGCACCUACCAAGACCGCCGAGGAGAGAUCCGACUAUCCCGCUUCACCAGUUACGGCAUCACCCUUGACAAGGCCGCGCACACCGAGCUGCUCACCGGAGGGCAGUGUUUCUCGGCUCUCGCCGGACAUGUGUCGGCAGCUGUCGGCUGGCCGUUUCAAGCACAAGUGGCAAAAGCAUUCUGCGUUCCACCCGGUGUGGUUCGCCAACGAUAUGGGUGCCAAGCCUUCCCUUGCGAUUUGGGCGCCAGUUGAGCUCGUUCCACGCGGAAAGUUUCUGGGCGUGAAGCGAGGCUCCCAUGCAGUCAAAGAGAGGCUUUCGUUUGGACAUUAUGUCAGCAUGAGCCCUUCACCGCCAGUGACGGACUUGUUGGAGAUCACGGAUGAGCAGUACAGUGGCUUCUUUGCGAAGCAUCCACGGGACGAACUCAACCGUUUCCUGGAUACUUACUUUCCACAUCCGAUUCGCUUCCGGCAAGUUUGGCACUUGAAAGAGUCAGCGCUGAAGUCUGUGUACAUUUGGGCACCGGUGCCCCCAUCACCGGACUUCACGGCGUGCGGCAUGCUGUGCACGACCGAUGACGAGGCCCCGGCGCUGCAAGAAGUGCGCUGCCUUCCAAGGGUUUGGGCCGAGAGGAUCCCUGCGCGUGCCGCACAGGUGUGGUCGGCUGUGGGUGAGGAGGGUUUGGCAGCUUCGGCCUGGCUGCCAGGCGGAGAGAUCACAGGCUUUCUGCAGCUUUCGACUGGGGCAGCUGUGGAGGUCAUGCCGGAGAUGCAGCGCAUGCAGCCGCGCCACAAGAAAUUCUACGUCUCGCUCGCGCAGACUGAAUGA